AUGUACUCCAGAGACAGUAGCAUUCGACUGCAUCAAACUUUGCCCACCCUCGAUCUGGAAUAUCCGCCCAUUCCAGAAAACAUCUCGAACUGGGAGAGAACCAAGCUGAGGUUCCACCAUCUGCUGCUGGUGAGCGCCACGCACCCAAACACCAUGGAGUACUUCAAAAGCGAGGUGGCAGUUCUGCAGGAGAAAAAGCGGCAUUUCGACAACUUCAAGUACACGGUGCACCCACUGAGUAAGUUCAACCAGAUCUACGAGGUCUGGUGCUUCUUCUUCUAUGGCAUGUUGCUCUUCUUCAAGACCUACGAUUUCGCUUUUAUCCGCAUCAACAUCACCAACCCGUUCUCGAGCCGUAGUGGCAUCACCAUCACUACAGUGGUGGUGGAUGUUUUGUCGCUAUUGAACAUUUUCCUUCAGUUCUUCAUCGGUUACACUGUGCAAAGAUUGAGAUAUGUUGAGCUGGACAAGAGCAAGAUUUCGCUGCGGUAUUUGACCAAUGGGCUUUUCUUCUGCGACUUGUUUUCUUCCAUCCCGCGCGUUCUCACAUGGAACUCCAGUCCUUUGGUGUUUGUCAUUAUUCUUAGUUUGACCCUGCUGAAGCUGCGGAGGAUCACCACUUUUAUUCGACUGCUCCAGCCCACAGCCAGAUUCUUCAGGAUUAAGUCCAACACCAAAACUUUUCUUUUCGGGUUUUUCUUCAUUGUCGCCCUGAUUAUGCACGUGAUGACUUGCUUCCACGUAGGGAUUCCUCGCUACAGACUCACGCUCACUUUGGCCCCUUUGAAUAGGUCUUACGUUACUGGCUAUUUGCUGUCUUUGCCCCCGAGCAGGCAAUAUGUGAUAACGUUUUUUAAAAGCGCCCAAUACACCUUUCUCAUUGACAUUCCUUAUUUGAGGGACCACUCGCUCCCUGAGGAGUUGAGCUUUUGCUUCAUCAACUACAUAGUGGGGAAGCUGCUCAUCGCGGUCAUUUGGAUUGUUCUGCUCUACACCUAUAUGUCCCAGCGGGUUCUGCGGGUUAAGUUCGAAGAGGUGAUGACUGAGCUAAAGGAGUACAUGUUGGCCAAACAGUUGCCUCUGGACCUGAAGAAGAGGCUGAUUUCCUACUACAGGUACAAAUAUCGGAAUGUUUUCUUCAAUGAGGUGUUCAUCCGGACAGUGCUGUCGGACAACCUCAAGAGGGAGAUUGACGUUUUCCUGCGCAAAUCCCUCAUCAAGCAAGUCUCGAUAUUUUCGCAAAUCCCCGCCAGGACCGUAAAGCAGAUAGUCACGCAUCUCAUUCCGGAAAUUUACCUUCCAAACGACAUGAUCAUUCAAUCGGCCACUUAUGGGGACUGCAUGUACUUCAUUGAACGUGGCACAGUGGCCGUUUUCACGCCCUCAGGCAGGGAGAUUUGCCACCUGAAUGAUGGCGCCUACUUUGGCGAAGUCUCCAUCAUCAUGCCCGAUCAGAAACGCACCGCCAGCAUCAUCGCCAUUGAAACCACCAGAACGUUCAAGCUGCGGAAGGAGCAUUUUGAUGCGUGCUUCCAGAAGGACGAGCAAGUCUACAGCAUGCUGUUGGAGUCGGCUAAGACGCGGAUCGAAGAAACCAAGCAGAUGGAGCUGAAUUACAAGCAGCUGCUGUUUGAGCAGAUCUACGCGCGGCCUUCGGACAGUCUUCAGGAAGACAUAGAGGACGAGUUGGUUUAG